GGGACGCUCCCAGCCCCUGCCGAGCUCCCUGCCGGCCGCUGUCCUCCGCAGGCCUCGCGUGGGUGGACGAUGGGUCAGCGCGGAACAAGUGAAUGAGGGCGGCGGCGGCGGCGGCCAGCGCCUGACUCGGCCCGGCCCGAGCUCGCCCGCGCCCCGGCCGGCCCGCACCAUGGACGCGCAGAGCGCCUCGGCGGCCAAGCCCCCCACCGGGAAGAAGAUGAAGGCCCGUGCACCCCCGCCCCCGGGAAAGCCCGCCCCACUGGACGCGCUCGGCCAGCAGCGGCCUCCCGGCUCAGCCCUCAGCCUGCAGCGGAACCUGGUCCCCGUGAAGGAGGCACAGCGGGAUGGCCCUCUCGACAUCACCGUGGUUCUGCCCAGUGGGCUGGAGAAGCAGAGCGUGGUCAGCGGGAGCCAGGCCAUGAUGGACCUGCUGGUGGAGCUGUGCCUGCAGAACCACCUGAACCCGUCUCACCACGCCCUGGAGGUCCAGGCUUCCGAGACGCGGCAGCCGCUCAGCUUCAAGCCAAACACUCCGGUCGGGACUCUGGACGUGCACACCGUGUUCCUGAAGGAGAAGGUCCCCGAGGAGAAGGCCAAGCCUGGCCCACCCAAGGCGCCUGAGACAUCUGUGCGUCUGGUGGUGAAUUACCUGCGGACACAGAAGGCCGUCGUGCGCGUGAGCCCCGAGGUCCCGCUCCAGAACAUUCUGCCCAUCAUCUGUGCAAAGUGUGACGUGAGCCCGGACCACGUGGUUCUGCUCAGGGACAUCGGCGGUGAGGAGCUGGAGCUGUCCAAGUCCUUGCGGGAGCUGGGCGUGAAGGAGCUGUACGCCUGGGACAACAGAGGAGAAACUUUUAGGAAAUCAUCACUUGGCAAUGAAGAGGCUAAUAAAGAGAAGAAAACGUUUCUGGGAUUUUUCAAGGCUAGCAAAAGCAGCAGCAGCAAGGCCGAGCAGCCCGGGCUGUCAGGUGUGGACAGUGAGGAGGACACCUUGAAACCAGCGCCAGGAAGGGGCUUGAAUGGCUGCUCCACAACGCCCAACUCGCCAUCCAUGCCCUCCCGAUCCCUGACGCUGGGUCCAUCCCUCUCGCUGGGCAACGUCUCGGGGGUGUCCUUGAGGUCGGAGAUGAAGAAGCGCCGGGCCCCUCCCCCUCCGAGUGCAGGACCACCCGUGCAGGACAAGGUGUCGGAGAAGGUGUCUCUGGGGUCGCAGAUGGACUUGCAGAAGAAGAAGCGGCGGGCGCCAGCUCCCCCUCCGCCCCAGCCACCGCCGCCGCCGCCCAGCCCCCUGGUCCCUUCGCGCACCGAGGACUCGGAGGAGAAAAGGAAGAGCGCAGUGGGUGUCGGACGGCAGGUGCCACAAAAGCCUCCCAGAGGCACUGCUCGAGGCCCACCCCAGUUAGUGCUGCCCCCACCCCCACCCUACCCGCCUCCCGACACAGAUGCGGCAGAGCCUCUCGGCUUUCCUGGGGAAGGCGCUGGUUCCGAGGCCUCGGACCUGAGACCCAAACUGAGCCUGCCCCUAGGGCCAACCGGUGUGGACGGAGUUGCGCCGGUGCCCGUGGAGGCGGAGGAGACGGCGUCGGUGGGCAGCUGCUUCGCCUCGGAGGACACGACCGAGGACUCGGGGGUGAUGAGCUCCCCCUCCGACAUCGUCUCCCUGGACUCGCAGCACGACAGCGUGAAGUCCAAAGACAAGUGGGCCACUGACCAAGAGGACAGCAGCGACCAAGACUUUGCUGGGACCCCGGAGCUAGGUCCCCCAAAGAGCCCUCCGUGGGACAGGAACAGCCCAGGGAGCACGAACCCAAGAGCAGGAAGAGUGGCCACCGCCACAGGCGACGGCGACAGCGACUUCCUCCUUGUGGGCCAGUUCCAGAGAGCACUGGUGGAGUUUGAGGGAGACACGGAAGACAUGGAGGAGAGCUACGGGACAGACAGCAACUCGCUGACCAGCUCCAGCACUGGCGAAUCCCACCACAGUGCGCGGGAGGCCCCGGCCUCUGAUGGUGACGCGGAUGCAAUCCCGGUGACCUUCAUAGGGGAGGUUCCUGACGAUCCCUUGGACCUGGGCGUGUUUUGCAACAGAAACAACAAUGCCGGCUCCUUCGACACAGAGGAUGCCGCCAGCAGGAGGGCACACCUGUCCCCGUUCCAGGCUGGGCACAGCCAGCCCCAUGCCAGGGUGAGCACAGCGGGGCCUGACCCACAGGCUCCUUCCCGCGACGCAUCAGCCACAUCUGCCACCCACAGAAACGGGCACUCAGCUGCAGCGGGGCCCCUGGGGACAGCUUUUGCUUCCAGGCUUCAUGCUGAUGAGCGCAACAUGGAGAAAGACCCGGCACGUGGCCCUGCCUGUGGUGAGAAGACGCAGGCCACAGAGAACACGAGGCCCCCGGCCCUGACCGGGAAGGACAGCAGGGCCAGCAGUGCCAUCUCAGCCCCGCUGGCCUGGUACCAACAAGGCCAAACCCCCGGGGGAAGCUAUGGCCUCCGCCACGGCCUCACCACCUACAAAAUCGUCCCAGCCAAGUCGGAGACGAGGCGCUACAACAGAGCAGGGUCCCUGUCCUUGGGUGCCAUCAUGAUCGACGAGCUCGGGGACCUGGUGAGUCCCCACACAAACACCAGGACCAUCUCCUCGGCCCCAUCCCCUCCAGACGCAGACCCUCAGCCCGUCGAAAAGGUCAGAGAGUUCUGGAGGUGCAACUCCAUGGACAAGCCCUCGGGCCCGACCAAGAGACCCCUCCCUGCCUCCACCUCCGUCCCCCCCUCCACCUGCACCUCCGCCCCCACCUCGGCCUCUGUCGUGCUGGCCCAGCCGCUGCACCCCGACGGCCGGCCGAGAGCAGUGAACACGCCCACAGCACCGCGGCCACAGUCUGCUGCCCAGGAAGCUGGCACGCACCUGGAGGAGGGGAGGAGCCGGCCGCUAUCGCUCUCCGUGGUCACUUGUCACACGCAGGUGCCAGCCACUGGCAGCACGGAGGUUAUGUUCCCCAGGCCCCAGAGGAGAACGUCCAGCCAGUAUGUGGCCUCCGCCAUAGCCAGGCGGAUAGGGCCCCCGAAGGCCCAGCAGCACGGCAGUUCUGAGAAGAGCCACGCAGGCCGAGCACCAGCGCCGGCUGCACAGCCUCUGCUUGCCCCCUGCCUGUCCUCAGAGACGCAGGGACACAAAGGCAGUGCUGAGCAGACCUGUGUGGUGGGAUCAGCCGCGGGAGCCCACCCUCGAGGGGACAUCUGCAGCCCGCAAGGAAAGCCGUCGUCUCCUGGGGACAGUCUCCCCAGCGUCCCCAUAGGGUCCGGCUUCCCGCGAGGCGGAUCUUCCCGGAGGGAUCAUGUUUCUGUGGAGCAGGCUUGUGGUUUCACUGGGAAGCAAAGCACCAGGAACCAGAAGCCUGGCACAGCGUCCGACCCCGUGUGCCCACGGAACGGGGCACGCCCUCUGACCCAGCAGGUGGCAGACACCCAGGCCCCCUCGGGCACGGUGCUGCUGAACGGCUCCGCCUGGGCUCUAGGCAGCCGUGGGCUUCCAGGCCCGCCCUCGGGCUCCGGCACUGAGCAUGGAAGGGCUGUCAGUCAGCUCUCAGUGGGUCAGUGUGUGAGCCCAGGAAGCAAGGACACACCGCAGCCCUUACCCAGCAAUGUGCACGACACAGACGGGGCCCCGCCCCUCAGCAUCUUUGGGCCGAAGAAGAAGUUCAGACCUGUGGUCCAGAGGCCGGUUCCGGAGGACACGUCCCUGCACAGCGCCCUGAUGCAGGCCAUCGUCUCUGCCGGGGGGACACACACGCUGCGCAAGACCGCAGAGCUCAACGUGGAGCGAGGGCCCAAGAAGCCAUCCUACACAGAGGCAGAGAGUGAGCGGUCAGCGCUGCUCGCGGCCAUCCGAGGGCACAGCGGCUCCCGAAGCCUGAGGAAGGUGUCAUCCUCGGCCUCUGAGGAACUCCAGAUCUUCCGAGAUGCCGCGCGCUCUGCAGCAGGCCCAGGGGACCCUUGGCAGGAAGACCCGGCCCCUCCACCCCCACCAGCCCUGCCACCCCCUGCCCUGCCAGCCUCCCGAGCUCUCUCUGCAUCAGGGGCAGCCUCCAGGUCCAGCACAGGCACUCUCGACAACCCGGUGGACGCCAGGCAGGCCCUGAUGGACGCCAUCCGCUCCGGCACAGGGGCUGCGAGGUUGAAAAAGGUGCCCUUGCUUGUGUGAGUCACUGCUGGAGGUCAGGACACCGCAGAACCCGCCCGCCAGACACCCCCGUCAUCACCAGAGGAUUCCUCGUGGCAGGAGCAUCCAGACCUGGCACUGCUUCCUUGUCCUCAGGCCAAACGCGGGCAGUUGAUUCUCAGUCUAUUCUUGCAUAGAUUCCAAGGGAGGGGAAAGGCUGCCUCGCACUGCAGCUGUGUGCCAAGGAAAUGUGUUUUGCCUCUGAAUAUUUACAGUUGCCAACAACGAUCCUUGUUGGCAGGCUGCAGGGGAUGUAGCCGCCAGCCCAGCCCUUGCACUUGGCUACAGUGGCGGUGGUGAGAUGCCGACUGGGGCCGUCGAAGCUUCACCACCGUCCACCACCGCAAGGGCACCUGCGGGUAAGACACAAGGGCAGCCCGGUUAUUCAGCCUCUGCUGAAUAAUCUUUCUCUCUGGGUGGUCUGCCCACGUGUCAGGGAGCUGUGAGGCUUUUUCCAAGGUGACUGCACUGGGUGGCAGAGCUGUUGGGUUCUUUUCCUCCAACAUCAGGGUAACACGCCUCACGGGGGGUCGUGAUUUGGCCAACAAAGCUGAAAAUCGACUGUCAGUGCCCAGAGCCACAGUCACACACGAUCGUGUGCACAGGGCAUUCCUGAGCCCCCAGCUCUUGCCCGGCAGGCUGUGAGGUGCAGAGGCCUCCCCCAGGGCGGGGGCUGUGCACGGAGCCUCGGAAACCCUGCCAAGGAGCAGGGCGCUGGGUGCUGAGGGUCGCAAGGAAUGCAGCAAAACCCGUGCCUGUCUGGGCACCUUUCCCACGGCUGGGUGGCUCCCUGGUGCUCCCUGGUGAUCUUGUCAUGGCGCACGGUGCUAAUGCCACCGGUGUUUACGGGAACGUUUCACUCCUGCCAGUUCUCAUCCAUCUCUCUCAAGUGUUUUAUUAUAUUGGAAAAAAUCUCUUUGGGAGAGUCGUAGAGAUCGUGGGGCGUUCAUGAAAUAGAAGAGCUCACCAUUAACAGGAAAGCACGGGUGAAGCGGUGGUCUUGCCACUGGGAUGCAGGCAUCGGGGCCUGGGAGCUUUACAUCGUGGCUGGACUUUCUCUGUGAGCCAAGAGCUGCCAUCCAGUUGCUCCAAGUCACAGCUGUCUAGGGUUUGCCUUUAGUGCCACAAAUAAAUGAA